UAGGUCAUCCUUUUCAAAGAACACAGUGACAACGGGAUUUUCUUUGCACCACAUACUCUUUAAAGCACAGUGGUGUGUGAUAAGUGGAGGACAAGGAUGUUCCUGUCUCUUCCUACGUUGACUGUUCUCAUCCCACUGGUUUCAUUAGCAGGACUGUUCUACUCAGCCUCUGUGGAAGAAAACUUCCCCCAGGGCUGCACCAGCACAGCCAGCCUCUGCUUCUACAGCCUGCUCCUGCCGAUCACCAUUCCAGUGUACGUGUUCUUCCACCUCUGGACCUGGAUGGGCAUUAAACUCUUCCGGCAUAAUUAAUGCAGCCAGAGCCCAGGUGUGUGUGUGUUAAGGCUAGAUCUCAGGCAUCUGUCUCUGAAACCUCAGCUAGAUGGAGCUACUGAGACCCAGGAUUUAGUUUGCAGGAAAGAUGUUCUGCCUUGUGUACAUCAGACCUAAGACUAUGAGAGGUUUAAGUUGCAGAAAUACUUUAUUGUAUUCUUGCUCUGCUCUUGUUUUUGGAAAGUUCUGACUUAUUAACUACUGUAUCAGAAGAAACAUUUUGACAAAGUAUCUUGUUGGAAAAUAACACCCAGUCAUCUCUGAUGACUGUUUCUAAUCUCAUUCAUCUAAAAGUUAUUUGAAGUUUUGUUUGUUUAGCUUCAAGGUCUUUGGUAAAGUCACACAUUAGGGAUGACUGAAAUAAUUUCAAAGAAGCUGUGUUGAGAUAGUUGUAGAGAAAUGCCUUGAACUAGUGUGGUAUAAAACCACGUAAUAAAAUGGAAAUUUAAUGGACUUAGAAAAAUUCAGAGUUUGUAAAAUUCCCUUCAUUUCUUUGGCAUCAAAUGCUUACAUUAACAAUAAAGAUGUUCACAACACCCAUAAAUAUUAACCAGA